CACCAGUUUCUUGAUCCUUUCUGUGGGAAACUACUUCCAGUUCAGCGAUACCUACUCUCUUUGAUUUCCAAUCUAAGAGGAAGUUAUUAUACCAGGAAUUUCGAGUCUCAGCGAUCAAGAAUUCCGUAUUUUCUUUGAGAAUAACAAUGAGUAAAAGAAAGGGGACAGGUGAUUCUGAAAAUCCAAAUCACGAUCUUUGCGAGUUUUUAACAGAACUUGCGGAUUACGAACGAAACGUAAGCAAAAAUAUUUAUAAAUAUAAUGCUUAUCGAAAAGCAGCCAGCACUCUCAGCAAAUUACCUGAACGAGUAAAAAGUGGAGCUGAGGCAAAAAAACUCCCAGGAAUUGGUGAGAAAAUUGCUAAAAAAUUGGAUGAGUUUUUAAAAACUGGGAAAUUGCAGAAACUCGAGGAAAUUAAAAAGGAUGAAGGAAACGUUGUUAUUUCUCAACUCGCAAGAAUUUCCGGAAUUGGUCCAUCAAAAGCCAAAGAACUCUUCGAUUCUGGAAUAAAAACUUUGGAUGAUUUACGGAAACAUCCAGACAAACUGACACAUCAUCAGAAGCUUGGUUUGAAGUAUUUCGAGGACUUCGAGAAAAAAAUACCACGCAAGGAAAUCGAAGAAAUCGAAAAAAUUUUGAAGGAAUCAAUUAACGAACUUGAUGAGAAAUAUGUGAUAACAAUUUGCGGAAGUUACAGGCGCGGAAAAGAAGAAAGUGGUGAUAUCGACGUUUUGAUAACUCAUCCAAAUUAUACUUCCGGCAAAGAUUCCAAAAAGCAGUCUCAAUUUUUAAAAUCUGUUGUUCAAUGCCUCGAAAAAAGGAAAUUAAUCACGGAUACGAUUUCUCUCGGCGGGACGAAAUUUAUGGGUGUUUGUAGAUUGCCGAGUGAUAAAAAAGGGCCGUUCAGAAGGUUGGAUAUAAGAUUGGCAACUUUUGAUCAAUAUUAUUGCGCCGUUCUCUAUUUCACCGGAAGUGAUAUUUUCAACAAAGAAAUGAGAGCCCAUGCUCUCGAUAAGAAGUACACUCUCAAUGAGUAUACUUUAAAGCGCCUCACACCGGAAGGUGUUCCAGGAGACGCUGAACCGAUUACUUGCGAGGAAGAUAUUUUUAAGAUCAUAGAGUUUCCGUACAAAACUCCAGAGGAAAGGAACGAAUAAGUUCCAGUGAGUCCGAAAUUUUCUUACUUUUUUUUUUACACAAAGGAAGUUCUGGAUUCCAUAAUCAUUUACGGAAAUCCAGAAAUUGAAAAUUUCUAAAAUAGUUUUAAAAAUAAUCUAAAUCUAUUAAAUUAUCUUAUAAUUUAUAUUUAUAUUCAUAAUAAAAAG